AUGUUCAUGGCUGCAUUAGAUAAUAGUAUUGUGUCAACGGCAUUACCAAGGAUUGGAACUGAAUUUGCUGGUUCCAACAAAGUUGAACUAGUCUUUACAUGUUAUAUUAUCACUGCUAACGCAUUUCAAGGUCUAUGGGGUCGUUGUUCAAACAUUUUUGGGCGUAAGCCCAUAGUGUUUUUGGUAGUCGGAAUCUUCGUCCUUGGCUCGAUCCUCUCAGGUGCAAGCAGGUCCAUGAACAUGUUUUUAGGUUGUCGUGCCUUAACAGGCACGGGUGCUGGAGGAAUCUUUUCAUUAGCCAAUAUCAUCAUUGCAGAUUUAGUAUCGAUUCGUGAUCGAGGUAAAUACCAAGGUUUUAUUUCAGCCGUCUUUGGAAUCUCCGCCUUAUUGGGACCGGUGAUGGGGGGUGCAUUCGUGGACAAGGUCAGUUGGCGAUGGUGUUUUUAUAUCCAAGUGGCCCUUGGAGCCAUCACCCUCCCGACCAUGGCCAUCAUGCUCAAGUUACCAAGACCUAAAGGAAAUGUUUGGGAGAAAUUGAAGGCCAUUGAUUGGGCUGGCACGUUCUUUAUGGCGAUCUUCACCGUCUUUUUGUUGUUGCCCACAAACUUGGGUGGAACUAUGUUUCCUUGGAACUCACCAUUGAUCAUUACCUUGUAUGCAUUGGUGAUCCCUACGGCUGCUGCAUUCUAUUUUGUCGAAGCAAGGUAUGCAAAACAUCCCAUUGUUCCGUCCUACCUCUGGAGGAACAGAAAUGUCGUGACACUCUUCGGCCUCAAUGUCUUUAUGGGCAUGACCUUCUGGACCUUGAUCUUUUAUCUUCCUAUUUACUUCCAGAUCGUCGAGCAUGAGACUGCAACGGCUGCUGGUUUGACAAUGAUCCCACUUGAGGCGGGUAUCUUCAUUUCAUCCAAUAUUGCAGGUAUCCUUGUGUCGAAAUAUGGCAAAUAUCGUCCUUAUAUCUUUACAGGCACAGGUGGAGCUCUCAUUGGGAUUGGUCUCUGUUUAGUACUUGCUACGACCUCUUCAAAGAUCAUUCAUGUCGUCAUCCUUUUGGUCUCUGGUCUUGGAAUCGGACAAUUGUUCCCCUGUCUGAUUGUGGCGAUCCAGGCCUCUGUGGAACGAAAGGAUUUGGCGACCGUUUCGGCCUUGCACAAUUUCUUCCGCAUGAGUGGAUCUGGAUUUGGAGUGGCGAUCAACGGGGCUCUGUUCCAGAAUCACCUCAAGAAUGGGUUGAGGGACGCUCAGGUCCCGGCAGAGUUGGCAGCGAUGGCAAUUUCCUCUUCACAAAAGAUUGUUCAUUUGCCAGUGGAGUGGAGGGGGAUUGUGGAGGCAAUCUAUUUGGAUAGUAUGAAGACUGUGUUCAAGGCCACGAUCCCUAUGGCAGCCAUCAUGUUCUUGUUGACGUUUAAUCUGAAACAUGUUCGAUUGAAUAUUAAGAGCACGACUGAUGCUGACACCGGUUCCGGUACUGCUACUCCCAAGACUAGUGGCAAUGAUGAAAAGACGAUGAUUACUAAUGAUGCCACGACUGCUACUACUACUGCAGCAGAAACUACUACCACUACCACUACCACCAAGGCUAAUAUGUAA